AUGGCAAUGGACGCCAAAGAGAUCGAGCUCCGUGGCAAGGCCAUCGGAAAGGCUGUAUCUGAGGGCGAGCCCAGCGCUUCUGUGCUGAAGCUGCUUAAUGACCUGAAGACGGGUGUGCACGCGACCGAGGACCUCUUGCGCUCAACACGGAUCGGUGUCACUAUCAACCGUCUGCGAACUCACAAGGACCCCGCAGUACAAAAGCUCGCGACAGAAUUGGUAGCAAAGUGGAGGGAUGAGGUCAAAAAGAAGCAGCCCCUCAAGAAGGACGGUCCGGCAAAGGCAGCCGCGAAUGGAGGUGCAGCCUCUUCCCCCGCUCCUCCACCCUCAGGAACCGCGUCUCCGGCACCAAAUCUGGCCAAGAAGAAGCAUGAUGUACCCGCCGACAAGCGCAAUCACAAGACAGACAAGGUCAAGUACCAGGUGACUGGAAAUGAGGCGCGCGACAACUGCGUUAGGCUGAUGUACGACGGUCUGGCCUUCAUGAGUGAAGCGAUGCCCGACGAGAUUCUCAGCGUCGCAAAGCAAAUCGAAGUCGCUGCUUACGCCAAGGCUGGUAGUGUAAACGACACUUACAAGGGCAAGAUGCGCUCGCUCUUCCAGAAUCUCAAGAGCAAAUCGAAUCCCCAGCUUCGCAAGCGUGUACUCGCUGGCGAGGUGCCCGCAGAAAAGUUCGUCGUCAUGACACACGACGAGAUGAAGUCGGACGCGCGACGAGCAGAAGACGAGAAGCUGGAACAGAUCAACAUGAAUCAGGCCAUGGUUGCACAGGUCGAAAAGGCCAUUUCCAAGGAGUUCCAGUGCGGAAAAUGCAAACAAAAGAUGGUCAGCUAUAGUCAAGCGCAGACCAGGUCUGCUGACGAACCGAUGACGACCUUUUGCGAGUGCAUGAACUGUGGUAAUCGGUGGAAGUUUUCAUAG